AUGAAUUCUUUUUUUGAUGAGAGAGUCCCUUCAGUUCCAUGUCCACUCCCCAACCUGGUCCUCAUGUUGCUGAGGCUCCUGCUGUUGAUCUGUGCUCCACUCUGCGAAUCAACUGAACUGUUUCUGAUAGUCAGCCCCUCUCGGCCCAUAGAGGGGAACACAAUGACCCUGACUUGUAAGACCAAGCCCCCUCCACAGAAUUUGGAUGCCAAGCUCCAGUUCCUCUUCUACAAAGAUGGUCGGGUCCUAGGACUGGCCCGGGAUAGCCUCCCUGAAUUCCGGAUUCCUGCCGUGCGGAAGGAAGACUCAGGGUCCUACUGGUGUCAAGCAAAGAUAACAUCUAUCAAAGUCAAAUUUAGCCACAGAGUCCAGAUAGAAGUUCACAGAGUCCCCAUCGGUAACGUGAGCUUGGAGAUACAACCUCCAGGUGGACACCUGAUGGAGGGAGAGAAGCUGGUUCUUGUGUGUUUGGUCACUGGGGGCACAGGAGAUAUCAUCUUCUUCUGGUUCAGAGGAGCUCAGGGUUUAAGUCUGAAAACGAAGACCCAGCAUUCACUGAUGGCAACGUUUGAGAUCCCUGCAGUGAGAGAGAGUGACUCUGACCAGUAUUACUGUGCAGCUGACAAUGGCUAUGGCCCCAGCCUCAGCGAGCUGGUGAGCAUCACGGUCAGAAUUCCAGUGUCUCACCCUGUCCUCACCCUCAGGGCUCCUGAGGCCCAGCUGGUGGUGGGGCACACAGUGGAACUUCACUGUGAAGCCGAGAGAGGCUCUCCCCCGAUCCUGUACCAGUUUUAUCAUGAAGAUGUUGCCCUGUGGAACAGCUCAGCGCCCUUUGGAGGAGGAGUGUCCUUCAACCUCUCUCUGACUGCAGAAGAUUCUGGAAACUACUACUGUGAGGCCAACAAUGGCCAGGUGGCCCAGCGCAGUGAGGUGGUACCACUCAACAUCACAGUGCCUAUGGAAGACAGAAAUGAAGUUCUUACUUCAGGAGUCAUUGAGUUGCUGCUUGGCAUCCUUGCUCCCACCACUUUGGCCCUAUUAUUUUGCUGCUGGCUCAAGAGAAAAAUAGGAAGACAUACAGCCAAAGAUGUAGUCAGGAGCAUUCCCAGCCCUGUACCCCAAGAAUCUACCUACUUCAACUCACAAGCCCCAGAGCAACCACAUCUUGACUAUGAAAAUGUGAAUAUUGUAAGUGGGGAUGAGGUUUAUUCUUUGGUGUACUGUGUGCAACAGGAACAGCCAUCAGCAGCAGAAGAACCCCUGGGGACACAUCCUGGGGAUAAGGACUCCUCAGCCGUGUAUUCCAGGCUGAAGAAGGCAGAUCUUACAGAUACGGACUACGACGAUGUUAUGUAG